AUGGCGCUGCAGUGCUUUGUGCCAUGGGCAGCACGUGACGCCAUUUCUCUGUGCCUCUCCGAUGCGUGUCAGUUCGGGACACUCCUUGCUGAACAUGUUUGCAAGCAUCCGAGUGUAGCUCACUGGAUGGUGCUUGCUGAAUCAAAGCCCUGGCACGGGGCGGACAAGUCCCGAUUCGGAGAGAAGGCGUUGCCAGCGGUGAUGGCCGUAGGGCUGGCAAGCACUACUGGCUCGAUGUGGUACAGCAGCACAUCUUGGUCGGAUGUAUUGGGAAUACUGUUCCCAUCCUCGUCAUGGCAGAUUUCCAUUGUGAUGGGUAGUCUUGCCUGCCUUUCGUCCGUAUGCUUCCUUCAUUGCCAAGCCACUGUGGUCAGCUGCAGAGGAGAUCUGAGCACCGACAAUCAAGGGAGGCUUCUGGCCAGCAGUGCCGCAAUAUACGCGAAUCUUACAUUCAUGCCAGUCUUGGCGCAUGCUUGUGCACUCCAUCCCCAGUUAAAGCUGCUGUUGCUGAUCAACAAGCUUUUCUUUGCUGUUGGAACUUUCCAAUUCCGAGACAGCAUACGUCGAGCAGGAGGCGACCUGAUCAAGACUAGAGCCUUGUCUGACCGCCCGCGCAGGACGCUGUCCCAUUUUGUUUGGCAGGAGUUUGAGGUUUGCAUCGAAACAGCAUGCGCUGCUCUGUUAAUUGAUGCUCCUGCAUCAGCAAACAAGGCAGUUCUGGCAAAUGCGUGCAGCAGGGUAAGCGCCACAUUCGGGGUCGCAUGGUUGUUUUGGUGGCCGAGGGGCUUCUUCGAGAUUCCGUGGUUCGGAGCUGCAGAGCUUUUUUGA